AUGGAAUAUCAUAAAAGAAAACGAUCUAAUUCUAGACAUAGAAGUAGUAAAGAAAUAGAAAAAAGUCAAUAUAGAAAAAUAGGAAGAGAAUGGGGAGAUAGUAUUUAUGUUAAAAUUGCAAGAAAAAAAGAAAAAGAAAAGAAAGAAAAAGAAAAUAAUAUACUUGAAUUUUAUGAUGAAGAAAUUAAUGAUCAACAACAUCAAGAAAUUGAAUUAUAUGAAUUACUUAAUAAAAAAGAAGAAAGAGAUAAUUGGAUUGAAAAUCAAUUACAAGCAUCAGGAAUUAUUAAAGAAAGUAGAGAAAUUAAAGAAGAAGUUGAAGAUAUAGAAGUUAUUGUUAAAAAAAUUAUUCCACAAUUUAUGGAAGGAAAACAUAAUAAAUUAGAAGAAUCAAAAGUUAUAAUUCCAAUUAAAGAUCCAAGUAGUGAUAUUGUAAAAUUAAUAAAAAGAGGAAGUGAAACAUUAAUUAAAUUUAAAGAAAGAAAAGAAAGAGAAAAAAGUAGUAGAGAAAUAUUAGAAAAUGAAAGUAUAAUUAAAAAAAUAAUAAAAAAAGAAGAAAAUAUAGAAGAAGAUAAAAUUGAAGAUAAAGAAGAGAUAAAUAAAAUUGAAGAAAAAAUUGAAGAUAAAGAAGAUAAAAUUGAAAAAAGAAGAGAAAUUAAAAAAAUAAGAGAAGAAUUACCAAUAUUUUUUAAGAAAAAAGAAAUUAUAAGAAGUAUUAAAGAAAAUCAAAUUAAUAUCAUUAUUGGAGAAACAGGAAGUGGUAAAACUACACAAAUUGCACAAUAUUUAAUGGAAGAAGGGAUUGGAAAAAAUGGAAAAAUUGGAUGUACUCAACCAAGAAGAGUUGCAGCAGUUAGUGUUGCACAAAGAGUUAGUGAAGAAGUUGGAAGUAAAUUAGGAGAAGAAGUUGGAUAUCUUAUUAGAUUUGAAGAUAAAACAAGUAAAAAAACAAAAAUCAAAUUUAUGACAGAUGGAAUAUUAUUAAGAGAAGUAAUUAAAGAUCCAAUGUUAGAAGAAUAUAGUGUUAUUAUAAUGGAUGAAGUACAUGAAAGAAGUCUUAAUACAGAUAUUUUAUUUGGAAUUAUAAAAAGAAUUAUUCAAGAAAGAAAUGAUCUUAAAUUAAUUAUAACAACAGCUACAAUUAAUGAAAAUAAAUUAAUAGAAUUUUUUGGAAUAAUUCCUAUUAUUCAUAUUGAAGGAAGAACAUUUCCUGUUAGUGUUGAAUAUCUUAAAACAACACCAAAAGAUUAUAUUGAAAUGGCAAUAAAACAAAUACUUUCAAUUCAUAUGAAUCAAGAAAAAGGAGAUAUUUUAGUAUUUAUGACAGGACAAGAAGAUAUUGAAGUAAGUUGUGAAUUAUUAAAAGAAAAAUAUAAAGAAAUAAAAGAAGAAAAAAAACAAGAAAUAGAAAUUAUUCCUAUUUAUUCACAAUUAUCAAAUGAAGCUCAAAAAAAAAUAUUUAUUAAAAGUAAUAAAAGAAAAGUAAUUAUUUCAACAAAUAUUGCAGAAACAUCAUUAACAGUAAAAGGAAUUAAAUAUGUUAUUGAUAGUGGAUUAGGAAAAUGGAAAAUUUAUAAUCCAAAAAUUGGUAUGGAAACAUUACAAAUUUUUCCAGAAAGUAAACAAAAUGCAGAACAAAGAAAAGGAAGAGCAGGAAGAACAGAAACAGGAAUUUGUUAUAGAUUAUUUACAGAAAAUACAUUUAAAUAUGAAUUACUUGAAAGUCCUAUUCCAGAAAUUCAAAGAAGUAAUUUAAAUAAUGUAAUAUUAGAAUUAAAAGCAAUUGGAAUUAAUGAUAUUAAUAAAAUUGAAUUAAUUGAUAAACCAAAUGAAGAAAGAAUUUUAAAUUCAAUGUAUGAAUUAUGGAUAUUAGGAGCAUUAGAUGAAAUAGGAAAUAUUACAAAAUUAGGAAAAGAAAUGGUUGAAUUACCUCUUGAACCAUCAUUAUCUAAAAUGGUUAUUAUUUCACAAAAAUUUGAAUGUAUAAAAGAAGUACUUACUAUUGUAGCAAUGUUAACAGUUCCAAAUAUAUUUAUUAGACCAAAAGAAAGAGAAAAAGAAGCUGAUAUAAGUAGAGAAAAAUUUUAUCAACCUGAUAGUGAUCAUAUUACACUUAUUAAUGUUUAUAAUCAAUGGAAAGAACAUGAAGAAAAUGAACAAUGGUGUAAUAAAAAUUAUAUUAAUUCAAAAGCAAUGAAUAAAGCAAAAGAUAUUAGAAAUCAAUUAAAAGAUUUAAUUAAUAAAAAAGGAAUUAAUGAAAUUUCAUGUGGAAGAAAUUUAGAUAAAUUAAAAAAAUGUAUUACUGCUUCUUAUUUUUAUAAUGCUGCUAAAUUAAAAGGUAAAAAUUAUAUUAAUUUAAGAACAGGUGUUCAAUGUUUAAUUCAUCCAACAUCAGCAUUAUUUAAUAUGGGUUUUAAAUCAAAAUAUGUUAUUUAUCAUGAAUUAUUACUUACAACAAAAUCUUAUAUGAGAUGUAUUACUUCUAUUGAAGGAAAAUGGUUACCUGAAUUAGGUGAAAUAUUUUUUAAAACUAUUUAA